ACCAUUAGAUAAAAUGUUUUAAAGGAAUAUAGCAUCAAAUACUUUUAUGAAAGAUCAUCAAACUUCUGAUUUAGAAAAAAUUUCAACAUCUUUUACAAAUUCACUAGAAAAUGACAAAGAUGCCAUAAAACAUGCUAGUUUUUUGAAUAUUAUUGUUUUUUUGAAGAGAAAGGAUGCAUUCAUACUUUUUUUUGCCUGUAUUAUAUCAAUUAUUAAUGGCUUUUUUAAGCCAUACAUGACAUUUUUAUUAGGAAGACUUUUUCAUGCUUUUUCAUUAAUUUCUUUGAAAAAAAUAACAGAAAAACAAUUCAAGGGUCAAAUAGAUCAAUAUAUACUUCAUCUUGUAAUUUUAGCAAUUGCUUCAUUCAUUGGAGGAUGGCUAUUUCAGUCAUUAUGGUAUAUUUUCGCAGAGAUAUAUAUUAAACGAGUUUAUAGAAAACUAUUUUCUAAUUUUGCGUCUAAAAAAUUUGAAUGGUAUGACUGUAACAGAAGUGGCAUUUCAGGUCUUAUUAAUCGCUGUGAAAAAGAUAUUCAAAGUUUACAUUAUGCCCUUUCAAAUGCACUUGGAAGAUUGUUAUCUUCCUUUAUUACACUUGCUAUUUCUUUAUUUAUUGCCUUUUGGUAUUCUUGGAAGUUAACAUUUGUAAUUUUGGUUUCCCUUCCUGUUGUUAUUUUAAUUGCAGUUAUUACAUCUUAUUUCAUUUGGCCUCAUAUCUAUCGUGAAAAAGAAGUUUUAGCUCGAGCAGCAACUCAUAUUAAUCAAACAAUUGUAAAUAUGCCUAUUGUCAAGGCAUUUAAUGCUCAGCAAUAUGAAUCUCGGAAUUUUAAUAAAUAUAUAUCAGAAUCAAGUAAUCUUACGCGUCGCUAUAAAAGAACAUAUUCUAUACAGCAAAGUAUUAUUAGAUUCGUUGUCCUAGUUAUGUUUAUACAAGGGUUUUGGUAUGGAACACAUUUAGUUAUCACAAAUGAAGUAUCUUCCGGAAACGUAUUAACUGUUUUUUGGGCUUGUCUCAUGAUAUCUCAUUCAAUGCAAACAAUUGUUCAACUUUUGCUUUAUCUUAAAGCUGGAAUAAUUUCGAGUUAUGAUUUACAAAAUAUAUUUAAAGAGGAAAAAAAUAAGAAAGAUAUAUACUUUUUUGAGGGUAGACAUUUUCCAGGAGAAUGUCAUGGAAAAAUUGUAUAUGAUAUGGUUUCAUUUGCAUACCCAUUAAGGCCAGAAAAAAUAAUAUUAAAAGAUGUUUCCCUAGUUUUUCCAGCAGGGAAAACUACUUUUAUUGUUGGAUCUAGUGGAUCAGGAAAGAGUACACUGGCUUCUUUACUGAUUAAGAUCUAUAAACCAGAUAAUGGUUCCAUUUAUAUAGACAAUAGAAAUAUUGACUUAUUAAAUACAAAUUGGGUAAGAAACAAUAUAACUUUAGUAGAGCAGCCUGUAAUUUUCAAUGAAACUCUAAAAUUAAACAUAACUCUCGGAAAACCUUUGCCUAAUUCAACAGAUAUUUCAGAAAUAAAAAAUGCCUGUAGAAUGGCUCUGCUUGAAGAAAUGAUUCAUGAGCUUCCUAAUGGAUAUGAUACAAAGCUUGGGAUGAAUGGAAUGUCAUUGAGUAAUGGACAGAUGCAACGCGUUGCAAUCGCUCGUGCAAGAUUCAGGAAUACACCUAUUUUGAUUCUUGAUGAAUCAACUAGUUCACUUGAUUACAUUAACCGUUCUCUUAUCUAUGAUGCAAUAAGAUUUUGGCGCAGAAAUAAAACAACUAUUAUUAUUACUCAUGAUAUGAGUCAAAUAAAAGAUUCAGAUUAUAUAUAUGUUAUGGAUGAAGGUUUUCUAGUUCAGAAAGGGUAUAAAGAUGCUCUUCUACAAGAUAAAAAAGGAAGAUUUUUUAAUGUUUAUUCACAAAGAAAAGAAAGUAAAAUCAAUUCUAUUUCUUCAGAAAAAACGCACAAUUCGUUUGAAAACAGAUCAAAGGAUUUGUCGGUAAAAUCAUUUUCUAAUGAAAAAUUAGAAAUAGAUCAAGCUGUUAAUGAAUCUUUAAAAGCAAGGUUAAAUAAGGAAGAAAUAUUUUUAUUAAAUUCUGGAAAUAUUAUAUUACAGAACCGAAAAAACAUUGCUAAUGUCCGAAAUUCAUUAGUUUCAAACAUGAAUAAUCAUAAAAUUAAAAAAAAAUAUCGUUUUCAAAAAAAGGGUUUUCAACUAAAUCUAUCAUUGCUGACUAUAUUAAAAAAUAAUUGGCGCUUUAUUAAUAAAAAAACAUAUUUUAUCCUAGGGCUACUUUUCUGUAUAGGAAAUGGAUUUUCUACUCCACUUUUUUCAUACGCACUUUCUAAACUUCUUGCAUUAUUUUUUUCUUCAAAAACUAUGUUACAGAUUAAAAAAAAAUCAUCAGAAUAUUCUAUGUUUAUUUUAGGAGUGUCAUUUUUUGACUCACUCACUCUCUAUUUAAAAAUAUAUCUUCUUGAGUAUUGUGCAGAUUCUUGGAUAACUAAUAUUCGUUCUACCUUAUUUAGAAAUAUGCUAUCUCAAGAUAUCCACUAUUUUUCUGAAAAAACAUAUUCUAGUGAAAAUACUACAAGAAUCAUAAUUAAUGAAACAGAAUUAACGAGAUCUAUCUUUGAACAGAUUACAGGAAAUAUUUUGGUUGCCGUUGUUAUGGUACUUGUAGGGGUUAUAUGGUCAUUUGUUAUUGCGUGGAAAUUAAGCAUUAUAGUAGUAGGAAUAGCGCCAUUAUUAUAUAUUUCAGUUCGAUGCAAUUCUUAUUUAAAUACCAAAUGGGACAAUAAGUAUAAAGAUGAAAACAUCAAUGCAAUGUCUAUUUUAUAUGAAUAUUCAGAGAAUAUUUUUACUGUUAAGGCUUUAUUACUUGAUAAUUUUUUUCAGAAAAAAUUUAUGUUAUCAAUAGAAAGAAUUUUUGCAAAAGGUAUUCAAAGAGCUAUUUAUAUUGGAUUUGGUCAUGGAAUUACGGAAUCUAUUAUUUUUUCUUUUCAAGCGCUAUUAUUUUGGUACGGCUCAAAAUUUAUUUUAAAUAGGACAUAUACACCUAUCGUUGUAUUAACUAUAUUUUCUUUAAUUAUAUUUUCAGUUGUUACUGCUUCUCAAUUUUUGUCAAUGGUUCCUCAAUAUAAUAAAGUCAAGAAGGCAUAUCAAAGUGUUAAAAAUUUAUUUAAUAUAUCAGAAAAGAACAUUGAGAACAGGGGCUCAUUAAUUGUUCCUAUAUAUGGAGAUAUUAUAUUUAAAAAUGUAUUCUUUUCUUAUCCUGGUCAUUCUGAUAUUCAAGUACUAGAAAAUAUAAAUUUGAAAAUAGAAAAUAAUAAAAAAAUUGCAUUAGUAGGAUUAUCCGGCUCAGGAAAAUCUACAAUAGUUUCAUUAAUUCAAAAACUUUAUCAAGUUCAAAGUGGGUUUAUUACAAUAAAUGGGCAUAAUAUAUCAUCUAUUGAGACCAAAUGGUUAAGAAAUCAUAUUGCAGUUGUAAGACAAACUCCGAUGUUAUUUAAUCGAACUAUUGAAGAAAAUAUUGCAUAUGGCUUAGACUCAUUUGAUAUAUCUGAUGUUCGAAAAGCCGCCCAAAAAGCAGCUAUAGAUGAUUUUAUUAUGAAAUUGCCUGAUGGAUAUAAUACUGUUCUAGGUGAUUAUGGAAGAGGUCUAUCUACUGGACAAGCUCAGAGAAUUUCCUUGGCACGAGCAUUUAUUAGGAACCCAAGUAUUCUUAUUCUAGACGAAUGUACAAGUUCUUUAGAUUCACUCUGCGCUUCAUCUAUUCAAGGAAUUAUAAAAAAUAUUACUAAUAUCACUGUUAUCAUUAUAACACAUUCUAAAGAAAUGAUGAAACUAGCAGAUAAAAUUAUAUUGUUAAAAAAUGGACGAAUUGUCGAAACAGGUACUUAUGACGAAUUAAUAAAUAUGAAGAAGGAUUUCUGGACAUUAAUACAAAAGGGUCAAUGGAUAUGAUUUAUUUUCAACAUGAAAUAUAAGGCCCAGCAAAUCACAUUUUAUU